UGAAACAGAAGGUGAUGCUCUGCUCGCACUGAGUGCCAUGCACGGACUAGGGAGCUCUUUCAAAUGACGUUCCUACAUCACGGCGCUUAUCCGCUGUAUGGGCCCCACCAGACCCCACCGCGUCCGGCAUGCUGCGCUGAGAGCUGUUUCUGACGCUCGAGCAGACCUGGCUUCUAUUACAAGUGGCUCGAUGCCACAGGGUGUGGAUACAGGACUCCUAGAUGAGCUUUCUCGCGCUCUUUUCACUGUCGUAUAUCCAAAUGAUGACCAGCCAAUCCACGACAAUAGUCGUCCCAAUGCCUCUUUCCACUACACUCGAGACUGCUGCUAUGCCCGCCUCAUAUUUGCCUUGGCAAUGAACGACGAGUGGCAUGAACGUCUGACCCGUGAUGGACAUCUCACGCGGUGCACUUCUCUAGUCAAUCAAGCCCUUGAACACGAGCCAUGGGUUCUCAGAUGCUACCUUGCUGGAAUCUUCGCAUUUACUGAUCCCUCAGACAAGGCUCUUCCUCUUAGCCCUGUCCAAAAGAAGUGGCGGUUAUGCGUCAGGACAAUGUGGAGAGAGCUACCGACAUCCUUCUCGAUUGACGUACUGCCAGACCUCGUGACAGUGACUAGGCAGCAUCUGCGAGGGGAUAACGGUGUUCCGGACAAUGAGCUGUUGGAUCUCGCUAGAGAUGUGCAUCAGGCUGUGGAAUCGUUGGAGUGGAAACAGGCAGCAUGGGCGUGUCUGGGGAUAUGUUCACAGGCUGACUUUGAUGCUGUGCUACGCGUUGUGCAGGCCUUGGAUGUCGAACUUUGUCAGGUGAUUGAGAACCCAGAGACUUCGCAAGGGGACAGCGGUCCAGGCUCUUCUGGGUCUUGAAGGAAAUGAUUGUUACUGGUUGUACUUAUAUUAUGUGUUUGUUACGCAGCU